GUGGACGGGUGGCAGUGCUGUGUUAGUCUGCAGGAGGAGAAAGUUAUUUUGGCAUCUCCAUAAAAAGAAAGACUGAACAGUGGAAUAUUUUACAGAGGUGUGUCAAACUUUCUUUUUUCUCUAUUUCUACAAAAGAAAGUUUCAAACAUUACUGCAACAUUAGGUUGAACUGUAGUAUUUUUGCACAUGAAUGGAUAAAAGAAAACAUAAUUUAAUGUCUGAGUUCUUCACCAAAGCAUAUGUCUAUGUUAUUGAAGACAAUUUAUUUAUUUUGUCAUUCUUCAAUCAGAGUUGAUGCUUUUAUUUUGAAAGGAACCAAUCCUUACUGUAACCUGGUUUGCUCUCCAUGACAACCAGUUUGAUAACAGAUACUCAGUGUGCAGAGCCUGGUUUAGUACCCCAGAAGAUGGAUUGAUUUUCCACAGCCACAGUGAGUAAGGAUGAAGCCGGCUCACAGGAAGAGUGAUAUGGAGCGUUUGGGUGUGUUUAUGGAGAUGAGCUACAUCUCUGCAGGAGACACUUCAGCAAACAGCCGUCCAUUCAAUGAGUCAGCAUAUCGAAGCUGCCAGAUGCAGGCGGGUGUCACUAAACAGCUGUGUGCUCUCCAAAGUGGCUUUUUCGACAAGUCCUUUAAAAGGAUUUUUGAGAAAGAAGCACUGAGUGAACCUCUGAGACUGUCUCGGAGGAACCGGAUGCAGCAGGCCAAGAAGAACCUGGGCAAAGCCUUCCUGCCCUGCAGCGGGACCAAGCAGCCCUCUGGUUCUGGUAGUUACUAUGGCACCUUGUCUGGACCAAUGGAAGCCACAAGUCCUCUGUCAGUUCCCAAGAAAGCUCAGCGUUCACCUGGCCGCAACAUUCUCACCUCACCGCCCAAGAAAGGCAGUGGUUACAGUUAUCCUAAUGUGACUCUGUCCAAAAUGGACCUGUAUGUUUCUGACCCAUACGACAGAGCCAAAGAAGCCCUUAAGAGGGAGGGAGCAAUCCAUCGCUCCAAACUAAGAGAUGGGCCCUUCAAAAUAAAUCUUCACCCACAGGAUUAUUUCCAAGGCAAUCCGUAUCGCAGCCACAAGGCUCUCCCAGCUGCUCAAAAGCCCCUCCAGCCCCAAAAGAACGUCUCCAUGGUUCCCUUCAUGCCCUCCUCCCCCAGCAAACGGAUUGGAGGAAUGAAAGCUGGAACAUUUGAUGUAUAUCCCUCACAUUCUGCUGAUCCAUACGUCAUCCGCCGCUCCAAACCAGCCAAUCAAGAGCCAGUGUUUCGUCCUGCUCCUGGUCCCAAAAGCACGCCAGUCAAAAGCAUCAUCUCUGUUAAUGUUAACAGAAGAAUCAACUCUGCAAACUAUCGGUACACUACCAUCCCAGCCGUGAUGAAAACCUGAACACACUGUUGGAGCUGUUGUUUUUUGUUCCAAUAAAUUAGCACCUUUACAAAACUAAAAGAAGAAAUACUGAGUGAUUUCAUUUUUCAAGUAAUAUGUAUUUCAAGUAAUAUUCUUACUCAUUAUUCUAUUAUUCUUCUGAAGUUGGAGUUAUAUUCAUCUCUGUCACAAAACUAAUUAUGAACUAAAAUAGACAUAAUAACUAGAAUUUAAUAAUCACCGGCCUUAUUCUUAUCAUAAAAUUUGUAUUUUAUUUUGAAAGACAGGUUGGGUUUCCUUUUAUUAGGAUAUGAUGCUUUCAACAAGCAAACAUACUACAUGUUGCCAGACAACCCUAAUUUCUUACUCAAUAUGUAUUAAAGGAACAUUAAUUCUAAGGAUGCUGAGGAAAUUUCUUUUAUAUUUGUCAACAAACUGGGUUUUCUCUCCAUUAGCUCUUCAAAUGCUGAUGUAUUUUUUUUUUUUAUCAGAAAUCAUGAUUACAAUCAACUAAAUCUAUUAUCUAUUACUGUCUUACUUUAUAAUUUCUUAAUAAUUUGUACACUCCAACAUUUUUGGAAAGUCACAGACUUUAAGUGCAAAGAAAACAUGUAAAUAAGACAUGAAUUUUGGGAUUGUAGUUAUAAAGAAUAAAGAC